AUAGAACUGUCACACGAAAACGUUGUACCGGUCUUUAAUGUGGCCAGAAAGUACUGUGUGGAUAUCCUUGUCUCUCUUUGUGAGAAAUAUCUUUCUCGGGAUCUAACGAUAGACAGCGUUUGUGCACUUCUAGAACAAGCCCACAUAUUCGUGAUGGAUAAUUUGAAAGAGGAGUGCUUACGGUUCAUUCUAGAAAACGCCCCUGAUGUUCUACAGUCUGUGACCUUCAAUGACCUCUGUCUGAACUGUUUGGCAAUAAUCACCGAAUCUGACGACCUUCGCCACGUCCCCGAGAGAAAAGUGUAUGACGCCGUCAUCAAAUGGGCGGAGGAGGAAUGUGCUGAACGAGAUAUUAAGGAUACAGCGCAAAACAAGAGGGACGUUCUUGGGGAAGCUUUGUACAAUGUACGCUUUGCGCAUAUUGAAGAAGAGUUUCUUUUCGGCAAAAUAUGUUCUGACAAAAUCCUGAAUUCUGAUGAUAUAGUUGAUCUUAUCAAUCAUAGGCGAAAUAAAAUCCCCUUGUUAUCGGAUAAAUUGAACACUAGGAAACGAUUUGGCCAAGAUCUACAUAGAAUAUAUAGAAUUGGACGCGUUCACAACCAAAGGCUGGAGAUACCAGAGGAUGCUGGAAUUUCCUUCCAAUCAUCCGCUGAUGUACAUCUUUUCGGGUUUGGAUCAUUCUGCACGGCAGCAGAACCAAGUGGCGUAAGUGUGAAGGUGUAUGAAGAACAUGUUUGUCUUCUCGACACGUUUAAGACAUUGGCAGAGUCACAACCUGACUCACCUCACAUCGGGGAUGUAAUGUUUGAUAAACCGAUAAAAAUAAGAGCUGGGAAAACAUAUACAGUAGUUGAACUUUCGAACAAGCCAAAAGCGUAUCUUUUGAAGAAUGGAAUUCCAAAGGCCACCAAUAAAGAUGUGACCAUUGUGUUCAGCAAUACUUCAAAAGGCGGAUAUACAAAUACAAACAGAGGUCAAAUACCUUAUCUUAUUAUCUCCCUGAAGUAGUAACAACUGUCCGAAUGGUGAUACCUACCGGCGAUGGACCACUUAAGCACCAGUUACGAGUCCGUUUUAGUGAUGCUGUCUGACAUUGUCAGUGUUAUGACACCGGAAGGAUAGAACAUGAACUGCUUAAGAAGCGGGAUAAAGCCUUUCCAUUUUUCCAUGAACUAUAAGAUUCAGUUUCAGUUUACCUCAAAGCAUAUACAUAGAAUAUAUACCUAUAUAAUAUAUAAUUCUUGUCUUGCUGUACUCGACCACAUUUCGUCUAAUUAAUCAUUUAGCGAUUAACCCCUAAACAAACACCGUGAUCGACGCAAUCGGUCGGAUAAAAAAACUACUUUUGUCACUGUCCAGAAGCGAGUACGGAAAGUCUCCAGCGUUAAUUCCGUGUGUACUGAUAAAGUCAUUCGGACGCUUGUUUGUAAAACGUCAGUAGAGAUCCAGCUCUUUGAUGAGAACGUAGUGACUUAACGUAAACUAAACAGUUUAAAAACGGUACCAGGUAUUCCGGUAUUCCUUCACUUAAACCUUAAACCAUAUAUAUUCGUUUAACCCCGAAAUUAUGUUAUACAGGUGUGUAUUUUAUAUCAAAUUAGCUAUUUUCAUGUGUAUUUUAGCAACAAAUGUAACUGUAAUAAGGCCGAUUUUCACCCUUCGUGGCUCUAGCACGUACUGUCUCAACUCAACCUGAACAAAACUCGAGAGGUCCCUAAUGAACCAUAACGCAUAACUCGUAUGUUCUACAAUAGUAUUGCUCAAUCUGUAAGAUUUCUUUACGGUGUGGUUUUAGAAGAUUCCUUUACGGUGUGAUUUUAGAAAAUGAUAUCGGGUACACAUGAUGUUUUCUUUAUUUUUGCUUUAGACAGUGACACUCAAGCAACAAGAUUUUGUAUCACCGUAACGAAUUUUACAAAGGUCUCCUAAGCGAACAAUCUUUAAUUUAAUAUGUUAAUUGUCAUAUAAUCAAUGAUUAGCAGGGUACCGGUAACCAUUGUUUCUCUUUUACAGUGUAACCAUUAUUUCUAUUCCACAAUGUAUUCGUUGAAUUCUUUGUAACACAGUAACCAUUGUUUUCCUGUAGAAGAUAAAUAGUAUAUUUUGAUUACAAUAUUAUCAUCCUUGUGAUAUAGUGUGAUUUUUUUCGGAGUCACAUCUUAAAGUUUUUAAUAAUGUAGCUGUGUAAUCCUCAUUGCUUUAGCAUUGUUAUCUUUAUACUAUUUAUCUGCUACAGAAAAAAACAAUGAUUACGGUAACCACUGGUUCUCUUUUACAGUGUAGCCAUUAUUUCUAUUCCACAAUGUAUUCGCUUAAUUCUUUGUAACACAGUAACCAUUGUGUUCCUGUAGCAGAUAACAAUGCUAUCAUCCUUGUGAUAUAGUUUGGUACUUUCUUUUCCUGAGUUACACUUUAAAGCUUUUAAUAAUGUAGCUGUGUAAUCCUCAUCGCUGUAGCAUUGUUAUUUUUGGCAUUACUUCUGUAUCACAUGAAACUAUCACAGAUGAUAAACGACAUCUUCACAGUAAUGUACUUGCCACUAUUGAUGUCAUUAUUGACGUA